AUGCAGGCUGUUUAUUGGUACGCUGUCCUUCUCCUUCAGAGCAGUCUUUAUUUGGUUACUUGUGUUCAUGGAAAUAAUCCUCAAAAAUUAGAACUUCUAAAAACUGACAGCCCUAAGAAUACGCAAAAGCACAUAUGGACAGAAAGCAGCAAAGACCUAUCUAUCAGCCGCCUGCUUUCACAGACAUUAUCUGGCAAAGAGAAUGCUACUGCUGUGGACCUGCACUAUGAAACUCCAGUACCUUACUCUGACCAGGAUAUAUGGGAUUGGUUACGAAAUGCCUCAGAUCAGAAGGAGCCCCGCCCUCGACUUAAGAGGCGACCUAUAGUCAAAACGGGCAAGUUUAAGAAAAUGUUUGGCUGGGGAGACUUUCAUUCCAACAUCAAAACCGUUAAGCUAAACCUACUCAUCACAGGCAAAAUAGUGGACCAUGGAAAUGGUACCUUUAGUGUCUACUUCCGCCAUAAUUCUACUGGCCAGGGGAAUGUUUCUGUCAGCCUGGUGCCCCCUACAAAAAUUGUGGAAUUUGACUUGGCUCAACAGACGGUGAUUGAUGCCAAAGAUUCAAAGACAUUUAACUGCCGCAUUGAGUACGAGAAAGUGGACAAGGCGAAGAAGACUACGCUUUGCAACUAUGAUCCAUCAAAAACUUGUUACCAGGAGCAGACUCAAAGCCAUGUGUCAUGGCUCUGCUCCAAACCCUUUAAAGUCAUAUGUAUUUAUAUUUCAUUUUACAGUACAGAUUAUAAACUAGUGCAGAAAGUGUGUCCAGAUUACAAUUACCACAGUGACACUCCUUACUUCCCCUCUGGCUGA